AUGGCUUUGCCUCCACAGGUGUGUGCCCAGCUGUGUCGGAGGCCAUGCUACUGCCCCUGGGUGCCACCCCGCUGCCCCCGCGGGUCCCCCCUGGUCCUGGACGGCUGCGGCUGCUGCAAGAUCUGUGCCCGGCGCCUGGGAGAGCCCUGCGACUUCCUCCACGUCUGUGACCAGAGCCAAGGCCUCGUCUGUGACUACAGCACGGUGCCCGUGGGGACAGGAGCCACCUGCAACUACAGCGAGGAAGGCUGCGAGGUGAACGGCCGGGUCUAUCGAGACGGGGAGGUUUUCCAGCCCAGCUGCAAACUCCAGUGCCGCUGCCUGGAUGGGGGCUUCACUUGCAUCCCGCUCUGCCAGGAGACCGUCCGGCUGCCCACCCCGGACUGCCCCUACCCACGACGUGUGGAGGUCCCAGGGAAGUGCUGCCCUGAGUGGAUCUGUGAAACCCGGGACCAGCACCUCCUCCGGGAUGCUGGGGCAGGUAAGAUGCAGGACGUACCAGUGAGGGGAUCGUCCCCACCGCUGCCGUACCCCUGCCAGGAGUGGGGCAUGGAGUGGAGCGCCUGCUCGGUCACCUGUGGCGUGGGCUUCUCUACCCGCGUCUCCAACCAGAACCGCUACUGCCGGCUGGAGACUGAGAGGCGGCUCUGCAUGGCCAGACCCUGCCCGGCUCUGCCGGCAGCAUCCCCGGCG